CUCUGAGGAGGCGGGUGGUGGCGGGACCCGCGGGGAUGCUGAGGAGGGACCGUGGGCUGGAGAAAACGACGAGGAAGGAAGAGGGAACCUGGGCGGAGAAGGACGAGGAGGAAAGCGAGAGUCUGGGCCCUAGAGAAAGCGAGGAGUGAAGCUAGAACCCAGGCAGGGCAGGGAACCGGGAGCCAGGGCCGGGGAGCGCCCGAGAGGGAACGGGAGUCCAGGCUGGGGAGCGCCGAGGAGGGACCUGGAAGUCCGAGGCGGGUGGGAGCUCGCCGGGCAGGAAUUUUGUCUGAUUUUUCCCGGUGAGGAAUCCCAGCUCUCGGAGGGCGGCCUGGCACGCACAAGCACACACAGUUCGUAUAGCUUUUUGUGCCUGUGCUUGUGUGUGUUUGGGCAUGUGAUGCUCCGUGUAACGUUGUGGAACCGAUUGUUUAUGAAAGUAGUAGGUCUCUGCCUGUGUCUGAUUUUUAAAUUAGGUGCCAGUCGAUUUGUGUUUGAGACUGCAGCUUUGGAGAAGCGACGAUAAGGGCUUUAUAAGUAAAACUUUGUUACUUUGUGUAGAAGUAUGUAUGGGCUGUGUGAGAUUAUGCGUGACAUGCGUGCCUGUGGGAUUGUGAUUGUGUAGUGGAUGAUAUAACUGAAUAUGUCUAAUUUUUGAAGUAUUUUGUGUGCACAAUCCAAAGUGACUAUGAUUGUGGCUCCUUGUGUGGGAUGAAGUGCUUGAGAAAUUGGAUGUGUGACUAGUUAAGUAUGUAUUGUUUAGAUUAUCUAAACAUGAGCCAUUUUAUAUGCUUCAGAAUUUUACUCUGUGGCAAUUAGACAAGUAGAAUAAAUAGAGAUUUUAAAAAUGGAGGGGAUGAGAUAAAAUUAAAAUGAUUUUCAGAUGGCAGGAUAGUAUAUUGGGAAACCCCAUAUGGACUAUCCAGAAUGUUCACUGUAGUAAUCAGUACUUCAAACUCUCUCUCCUCCUGGAAGCUUGCAGUGCUUCCAGUUUCUUCUCUAAUUUCUCAACCUCUAUUUUGUCUCUACUUCCUCUAGGUGGGUAGUCUCCAGCUGGAAUGGAUUGAGAACUGGAAAAGGGAAGAGACGUCAGGGACAAGAAGAGGCUAACAUGACUGGUACUAUUAUAAUUUAGUGUAAGUCGUCUUUUACCUUCUGAAAGAACCUCCUGCUGGGAACUUCCGGAGAUACACUGCCCUUCUCCUGGGCACAGACACUUCUCCAGCUGCCUCUUCAGUGCUUCCUCUGGGCAUGCAGUGGCCCACCUGGCUGGUCUGGUCUCUCCAGUUAGUCCUCUUGGACAGGAUCCAAGCCAGCCUAGGCAGGCUUCAUCCAUGGGUUCCGCAUCCAGAGCUCAGGAACUGCCCCUUUUCUAAAGAGGAGCCCAAAGGAAGACUGGUCAUCUUUUGCAAAUCUCAAAACCAUGGCUCAGUACUCUUUGCUGUAUAUUCCUUGGGACUUUCUACAUAUCUGGUCAUGUUAUCUGGAUCCGUGUCAUUCAAGGAUGUGACUGUGGACUUCUCUCGGGAGGAGUGGCAGCACCUGGAUCCUGCUCAGAAGACUCUAUACAUGGAUGUGAUGUUGGAAAACUAUUGCCACCUUGUUUCUGUGGGGUGUCACAUGACCAAGCCUGAGGUGAUCCUCAAGUUGGAACGAGGAGAAGAGCCAUGGACAUCAUUUACAGGUCAUACCUGCUUAGAAGAAAAUUGGAAAGCUGAAGACUUUUUAGUGAAAUUCAAGGAACAUCAAGAUAAGUAUUCUAGAUCAGUUGUAUUCAUCAACCAGAAAAAGCUGAUUAAGGAAAACAGUAAUGCACAUGAGAAGACAUUUACUAUAAGCAAAAACUCUGUUAAUUCAAAAAAUCUACCUCCUGAAUAUGAUACUCAUGGGAAGAUUUUUAAAAAUGUUUCAGAAUUAAUCAUCAGUAAUCUAAGUCCUUCAAGAAAGAGACUUAGUGAGUAUAAUGGAUAUGGGAAAUCACUCCUCAGUAGUAAGCCAGAGACAGCUCACCCUGGAGUCAGAUCCCAUAAUCAGUAUGGCAGGGUUGUCAGUCAUAAUGAAGUACUUAUGCAGUAUCAUAAGAUGGAAACUCCAGCACAGUCAUUUGGGUGUAAUGACUGUGAGAAAUCUUUCCUUAAAAAAGGAGACUUAAUUACACCUAAUAGAGCUUACAGAAGGGAAAACCCAUCUGAAUAUAAUAAAAGGAGAAGAGCAACAAAUAUUGAAAAAAAACAUACAUGCACUGAAUGUGGGAAGUCCUUCUGCAGGAAGUCAGUAUUGAUUCUACAUCAGGGAAUUCACACAGAAGAAAAACCCUAUCAAUGUCAUCAAUGUGGAAAUUCAUUUAGAAGAAAGUCAUAUCUCAUUGAUCAUCAGAGAACUCACACAGGAGAGAAACCCUUUGUUUGUAAUGAAUGUGGUAAGUCCUUCCGCCUAAAGACAGCCCUCACUGAUCAUCAGAGAACACAUACAGGGGAGAAAUCAUACGAAUGUCCACAAUGUAGGAAUGCCUUCAGAUUGAAGUCACACCUGAUUCGUCAUCAGAGAACUCAUACAGGAGAGAAACCAUAUGAGUGUAAUGACUGUGGGAAGUCCUUCCGCCAGAAGACAACACUCUCUCUCCAUCAGAGAAUUCAUACAGGAGAGAAACCCUAUAUUUGUAAAGAAUGUGGGAAGUCCUUUCACCAGAAGGCAAACCUUACUGUACAUCAGAGAACUCAUACAGGGGAAAAGCCCUAUAUUUGUAAUGAAUGUGGGAAAUCCUUCUCCCAGAAGACAACCCUUGCUCUUCAUGAGAAAACUCAUAAUGAAGAGAAACCCUACAUUUGUAAUGAAUGUGGGAAGUCCUUCCGCCAGAAGACAACCCUCGUAGCACACCAGAGAACACAUACAGGAGAAAAAUCUUAUGAAUGUCCUCACUGUGGGAAGGCCUUUAGAAUGAAGUCAUACCUCAUUGACCACCACAGAACUCACACAGGAGAGAAACCCUAUGAAUGUAAUGAAUGUGGGAAAUCCUUCAGUCAGAAGACAAAUCUCAAUCUACAUCAGAGAAUUCAUACAGGGGAGAAACCCUAUAUUUGUAAUGAAUGUGGGAAGUCCUUUCGCCAGAAAGCAACCCUCACUGUACAUGAGAAAAUACAUACAGGGCAGAAAUCCUAUGAAUGUCCUCAGUGUGGGAAAGCCUUUAGCAGGAAGUCAUAUCUUAUUCAUCAUCAAAGAACUCAUACAGGAGAGAAACCAUAUAAGUGUAAUGAAUGUGGGAAGUGCUUUCGCCAGAAGACAAAUCUCAUUGUACAUCAGAGAACUCACACAGGGGAGAAACCCUAUAUUUGUAAUGAGUGUGGUAAGUCCUUCAGUUAUAAGAGAAACCUCAUUGUCCAUCAGAGAACUCACAAGGGAGAAAACAUGGAAAUGCAAUAAAUGGUGUGAUUUCUUUGUGAAGCCUUUCCAAGUUAUUAUAACCCUUUAGUUUUUUUUUUAAAGCAUGCUUAAACAUGUUCAUAAGGUAACUUUAAUCACAAAUGUAAUGAGUUAUUUAUUUAAAUUGCCAUACCAUGUAACUAUCUGCUGUUUACUAGCAUAUAAAAUGGGUAUGAUCAUUGUUAUUGAAUGCUAUCAGCAAUGAAGCUAAUUUUUUAAGUUUUCAAGUUCUGCUGACUCAGUUUAUAAAAAAAAUACUUCUAUAAUAUAUCCAGAGGCAAGAUACAAAAUGGUUAUAAUCAUCAGUCUCCAUAAGAGAAAGAAAAUAGGAAGUAUAUUUCUCAUUGCAGUCUGUAGAAUAAAAAGUAGUUAUUUCUUCCCCAAAGAUUACCACUUCUCUGGCUUAAACAUCAUGAAGUAGUUUUUGCAUGUCUUUAAACUUUAUAUAUAUUUUAUCAUACAUCGUGAAUUCUUUUGUGUCUUGUUUCACUCAACAUUUUUAAGAUUCAGACAUUAUUGCAUGUGGCAGUAGUGUAUUCAUUUCCAUUCUGUAUACUAUUCCAUUUUAAGAAUAUAAUGCUAUUUAUCUAUCCUCUUGAUGGAUAUUUGUAUUUUUUAUAAUUUUGUGUUGUAAUAAAAAUACUACUAUAAA